CUCACCUUCGCUUUUCCGUCUUUUAUAGACGUGUCUCUCUUUUGAACCAACUCCAGUCACUCCUUCCAGGACCCAAAGCACACAUCCGCAGAAUUGAUUUCUGCCUGGUUUUCCUUCGCAGCAUCAAUAUCCGGCAAAACACAACGCUCCCGUCCUACACAGCAGUACCAGGAACUGUGAAGCCUUAGCAAUCUACCGACUAAGAAAAGAGCAAGGAACACGCCGUCGUCCAACAUGAUGAAGCUCACUGUUGCUUUCCUCGCCGCCCUUGCGGCUGCGGACGCCGCUCACGUCCACGGCCGUCAUGUCCGCCGGGACGGAUACGGCUAUGGUGGUGGAUAUGGCGAGUCGUCUGCUCUUCCUCUGACCAACGGCACCACUCCAGCUGCUUCGACCCCUGCUGGCAUUGAGAGCACUGCUCUGCCCGCCGAGUCGUCUACCGGCGCUCCUUGCGGAAUAUACGGAGCGCCCGCCUGCAGCGAGACCCCCGCGGCCUCCAGCACGGGUGCCGUAGUGGAGGCCACCUCGUCCACCCUUCCUUCAUUCGUGCUCCCCGGCACCGGCUCCUCCUCUGUCGCCGCCGAGACUCCCUCUUCCCUGCCAUCCUUCCCCGGCACUGGAACUGGCGCAGUCCCGACUUUCCCAAGGCUACGGCACGUACCGCAAGCGCUUUGGCCUCUUCUAAGCUAAGCGUUUUAUGACCGGACGAUGAUGUGAGGGGAUGCUAUUUCACUUCUCGUACACUUCGAGUGUAAAAGGCCUGUGGUCCUUGCACACAUGUCUUUAAGCAUUGGUCACUUGACCUCUUUCUUUCCGUCUGGGUUCCGCUGCUCCUGUUCUUGAUGGGCAGGAGCAGAGGGAAUGU